GUCACAUAACUAAGUCACAAGAGGGUACCUAACAAUACUUAUCCCAGGCGAGGCCCACCUGGACUUCCUUUGAUCAACAACUCCCGCUCCCAACUGGACCAGCUUUGCAACUACAUACUUACCUACCUACCUACUUACCUACAUAUACCAUACAUCUCGUCUACCAUACAUAAAGACUUUCGUUCUUAAUUAUUCAUAUUUAAUUGGAAACUCACUUGAUCUCUGCAUCAAUUCUACGUUCGUAACCAAUCCCUGCGAUAUUCCUAAGCAAUCAAUAAUCGGCUUUUGGAGUACGGUUUACCCCGUUGUACUUUAUCGACAAUGACGGACAACGCCGCCGCGGGGCCAGCGCCGCAGGCAGCAUCAACUAUGACGCUGGAAAACUACAGAUUCCCAGCUCACCGGCUCUUGCGACAGCAGAGAACACCGGACCGUACUCCAUUGGUGCUCGUCGCCUGCGGUAGUUUCUCUCCCAUCACCUACCUCCAUCUUCGAAUGUUCGAGAUGGCCAACGACUACGCUCGCAUAAAUACCCAGUACGAGGUUGUAGGUGGCUACCUCAGCCCCGUAUCCGACGCAUAUAAAAAAGCUGGCCUGGCAGAGGCGCAUCACAGAGUGCGCAUGUGCGAAUUAGCAGCGGAAGAGACAUCAAGUUGGCUGAUGGUUGAUCCGUGGGAGGCUAUUCAACCCGAAUACACGCCAACUGCCAAGGUGUUAGAUCACUUCGAACACGAAAUCAACCACAAUCUCGGCGGUAUUUUAUCCGAGGAUGGUGAAUCCCGAAAGCCGGCCAAGAUCAUGCUGCUUGCCGGCGCAGAUCUCAUCGGUACCAUGUCUACUCCCGGCGUAUGGGCCGAGAAGGAUCUUGCUCACAUCUUGGGUAACUACGGCGCCAUGAUCGUCGAGAGGAGCGGGACGGACAUUGAUGAAGCGCUCGGCAACCUGAAGCAAUGGGAAGAUAACAUUCACGUUCUCACGCAGAUGAUACAGAACAACGUGAGCAGUACUAAGAUUAGACUCUUCCUUAAGAGGGAUAUGAGCGUACAAUAUUUAAUUCCAGCAACUGUUAUUCAGUACAUCGAACAGCACAAGCUUUACACCGACAACGACGAGGCGAAGUCCCAAGGCAAGGAAAGCAACAGGUGAUGGAGUGAAUAGGCUUUAUCGCUCAAAGAUUUUGAAUAAUUAGUGUUUAGAUGUGCAACUACGUCAUGGUCGUACUUGAUAAAGAUCAGGUUCGGGAUCGCGCAGGAUGCGGUGGCUUGUAUUUCUUGCUUUUUCCAGCAUCUUGUACGAUCAGUCUUCAGAAGAAGGAC